UUUAACUGCGAUUUUGUUUUGUUUAUAAUAACUAGGGAACAUUGUCUGAUAAAAUUCUAUUUUUGGAUUUACCUUGAUAUUAGUAAAAUCGUAAUAUGUUAGGAAGCUUUAUCUAAUUUAAGCUAAUUAAAGUAAACAAGAUCCGGGGAAACAUCAUAAAUAAAGUGUUUACUUAUUUUUAGAUAUUUUAAUGCAGAUUUUUGCAACCCUAUAUUUAUGCCAUUAUAAUAUAAUAUCCUAUAAAAUCAGUAAGCCAUAUCUUAAGCCCCGUUUCCACCGGAGGAACAAUUAGCAACAUUUUUGUUGCCUUGUGUUUCUUCUUGUUUGUGAAUUUAGAAACUUAUUAGCAACAAAUGUAAACUUUUUGGUUCUGGCGGUUUCUGGUAACUGAAAGAGAGCAACUUAGUGUUGCCACCGCGGUUGAUAAACAUGGAUCAAGAUGAUUAAAUAGCUGCAGCAGCGGCGGCCUAUAUAGAGUUGUCGGCAAAAAAGAAAAAAAGAAAGCACAAAUAUUGGGUGAAACCAAGUCUCUGUGAUAGAAGUGAAUAUGGUGGCAUGCACCUACUCAAUGCAUAAAAAAAAGACGAUCUACACAUAGGAAAUAAUAUAAAUAAUGGUAGUGUCAAAUUUUUUUUACGAAUGUCCAGCACCGAUUUUGAAUGGUUAUUAUGUCAAGUUGCCCCAAAAAUACAGAAAGAAGAUACCAAUUAUAGACAAGCCAUUUCACCAAUGGAUCGAUUGCUGCUCACACUGCGAUUCCUUGCUACAGGCGAUUCUUACCAUUCCUUGAUGUACUUGUUAAAAAUUUCAGUACCAUCAAUUAGUAGAAUUAUACCAGAAGUAUGUCGAGUAAUCGCUGAAGUUCUGAAGGAUAAACUUAAGAUGCCUCAGAGUAGAGAGGAGUGGCUUAUUACGGGACAUCAAUUCACUAAUCUUUGGAAUUUUCCUACAUGUACCGGUGUUAUGGAUGGCAAACACAUUAUGAUACAAGCACCAAAACAUAGUGGCAGUGAAUUUUAUAAUUACAAGUCCUUCUUCAGUGUAGUGGUAUUUAUUGUGGCCAACACAAAUUAUGAGGUGAUGUAUUUUAAUGUGGGCAGCCAAGGUCGUAUAACCGUCGGUGGAGUGUUUGACAAUACUCGUUUCAAAAAAAUGUUAUAUGAAAACACGCUCAAUUUGCCUGAAUUAGAACCAUUGCCAGGAAGAACCAAAGCUGUUCCGUUUGUUUUUCUAGGAGAUGACGCUUUUCUCCUAUCACCAAACUUAUUGAAACCUUACCCUGGCACUCAAAAGAAAGGUUCCUCAAAACGAAUUUUGAAUUACCGCUUAUCACGCGCUAGGCGUAUUUCUGAGAACGUUUUUGGAAUUAUGUCUGCCAGGUUCAGGGUAUUAGGAAAACCCAUGCUACUUGAACCCGACAGAGUUGAAUUAGUUGCUGCAUGUGUAUAUCUCCAUAAUUUUCUGAGCAGCAGUUUAUAUUCCCGAAAAUCAUACUCACCUCCUGGCACCUUUGAUUCUGAAGACAAAGAUACGGGCAAAAUUAUCCCAGGUUCUUGGAGAAAAGAAUAUGUUUGCAUCACUGCAAAAACAAGCACGUAAUUCAACGUUGGAAGCUAAACAAGUUCGAGAUGAAUGGUACGUACCUGACUUGUAGUUAUUCCUUUUUCAGUACAUUUUCUAACUUUGUUCCUGACCGCAAGAAACAACAAGACUUCAUAAGCAAACCACUUUGAAAUAAAAAUGGCGCCGGCUCCCGACUUUUUUAAAGUACGAUAUUUUUUUCUUUCUCUAUAGAAUUGUGCAAUAAUAUUUUUCAUUUUUCUUUUCACUUCUUCUAUAUUUGAGCCUGUUUUUUCUGCCAAUGUUGUCUAAGCAUCGUGUUUCGUAUUUCUACAUUUAUACUGGGCGUGCUUUGUAUUCCAUAAACACUCACAAAGCUUAUAGUUUUCGAUUAAUUCAAGCAUUAACUCAUUUGUCCACAUGAACGGCAUUUUUCUAUUUGUUUCACACGUCCGACCGACUAUAAAUUAUUCGACAUUCGCCGUCGAGCCGCACUAGAUAAAAACAAGUUACUACAAGUUGCAGUAUCUGUUUCCACUCAGACAACAAUAUGCUUCUGUUCCCUGUUGUUACCGAAUUUCUUUUGAAGUUUACCGCUAAAACUGGAAACCACCAACAAUCGCAAACAUGCAACAUUUGUUGUCGAAAUAAGAAGAAACACUUAGGAACUUUGGGAAACAUUUUUAAGCAACGAGCAACAGAAACACAAUAGUUUCUUCAUGUUUCUCCGGUGGAAACGUAGCUUUAGAUUCGUUGUCGAAAGUUCUUUGGCACGGAAAAGUUUUAUUUUUUUAUUAAAGCUAUUAAUGGGAUAUAAUUUUUUUUUAAAUUGUUGCCCCUAUCAAUAGGGUUAUUAUUUUUUAUGCCUUAUUAUAUUUUCCACCCUUAAGGGCUUUUGGGAGGCUUUGAAGAAUGUUUUAUAUGAAACGCCUGGAUACUCCCAAACAGUACAGAUAUACGUAUUAAAGAUAUAUUUUGUACGUACUUUUAGGAUAUUUUACGUCAUAAUAUCACGUAUCUAUAAUUAUAAUAAAUUAAUUAAUUAAUUAUAAGAUGUUUAUACGAACCCUUUUCUUGUGUUAUAAAAACUGAAAAUAUAUUGAUUAUAAAAAAAAAUAAAAAAAAUUAAAACAAAACAUGUUUAUGUCUAAAAAAACAAAACAGAAAAUUAACGUUUAAGAAAAUACGGAAAUAAACAUUUAUGUACGGACGUUUCGUCUUAAUUUAUUUUUUCUUUAAUUUUAUUUGCAGUGCAGCACUACAAUCUCCGCUUGUAGUGCUGCACCUUAAAAUUACAUUUUAAAAAUAAUAAUUAAAUUAAAAUAUUAUCUUAAGCAGAUUAUCAAUUAAAUAGGAUUAGUUGCCUCUGUUUUACUUGCCUCUCGAAGAUGCCUAUGUAAAAAAUUACUUUCAAACAUUUUUGAACUUUUUUUCACAAAUUUGUGGUGUUUAUAAAAAGGUUAAAAAGAAAAUGUUAUUAUAAGAUAAUUCCAAAAUUUACAGAAGUGUAAACUUUUAUUACAAAGGCCUUUCAAUAUUCUAAGGUCACUCGUCUUAAAUACUGGCAAAUUUGCUUCCCUUAUGUUGCCAGUACUUAUUUGACAGUCAGUGGGUGCAACAAAAGCACUGGGUUGCUUUUGCGACCGAUCUUGAUAAUUUUUAUAUAUUUUUUAACAAAUUAUCUAUACUUAACUACUUUUCUACCAGAUCAAUAUAUGUAUACAUGGAUAUUUACAAUUCUUUAUUGUAUUAAUUUUACGCGUCGGUCCAAAAUUAA